AUGAUGUGGAAAAGAAUAGCUUUCAUCAAGAACUUAGCCAAGAAAGCGAAGAGCAUCAACAGGAGAGAAGACGACUCCGAUUCUCUUCUGGUCAGUGAGGCGGACGACACGUCUCAGGCAGUGGCAACGAAAGGUCCUACGGGAACGUUUGCGGUGUAUGUGGGGCAAGAGCGCGUGAAAUGCAUGGUGCCGACGAGCUAUUUGAGUCACCCUUUGUUCAGGAUGCUACUAGAGAAGUCACACGACGAGUUCCAUUGUUUCGAGGAGAAGGUUAUGUUGGUCGUCCCUUGUAGCCACUCCUUGUUCCAAGACGUUUUAAACGCCAUCGAGUCUUGUAAUGUCAACUUCGAUUUCGGCGAUUUUGUGGAGGAGUUUCUUUGA